ACAAGGAGCUAAAGUGCGUCGUGUAAACCUACCUUGCCCGAUGGUAAGGAUAAACUGUGCGAGAUAGCCUGGUGAAAGCUCCAGGAUCUAAUCCCUGUUGUUGAAGGAUGAAAAAGUGCUGCAGGAAGUGUUAAACCAAAGUUUCGACAGCAAUGAUGAGCGGCCAGUCAGUGGCCGCCUCGGUGCACAACUCAGGGCCACAGACCAGCGGUGCCGGGGGCGCCACGGGCAGCUAUGGAGCAGGAAACGCACAACCGUCCUCCCACCACCAGCAACCGCAGCAGCAUCAACCCAUCCCCCACCAGUCCGACGGCGAGAAGCUGUCUGCCCGGAAGGCUCGCAAGGAGGCGGAGCGGCAGAAGAAGCAGGCCAAAAAGUACGAGGAGCAGCUGAAGAAGAUUCGCGGACCGAAAAGCCAAAAGUUGCAAAUUAUCGACGAAAGCUUUCUGGAAAAGUAUCGGCACGUGCAGUCGCUGCCGCCCGGGCCGACGCUGAAGACGAAGAAGCGCUCGAAAAAGGCCCCGACCGAUGUGGUGCAGAUCAACCUGUCGGAAUGCAUCCGGGAGCAGCUGGCCGGGGGCGAGCGGAUGGAACCGAAACCGAUCGUACCGAUCGUACCGCAGCAACCGUUGCUGCUGCUGCACAAAGGCAAGCAGCGCGAAGUGCCAAAGGAGAAGAAGCUAACACGACUGAAGAAGGACAUCAUCCGGAGCCGCACCGAGAAAGGAGCACCGGGCGACGGGCAGCAAAGCGCUGGCAAUGCGGGAGGCGCACAACAGCCGGUGCCAGCCGAGGGUGGCAAAGGUGCCAACGGGGUCGUUAGUAAGCAAUCGAGCGAAGCAACCUCACCGUCGGGCGGUGGUGCAGUGGACUCGCCGUUCCUGAAAGCGAUCGAACGCUGCUGCAUUAACGAUGGGCCACCGCCGAGCCGUGAUUCGAGCGAGUACCAGAACGGCUUCCCAUCGCUGAGAGUGUCGGCCGCCGUGUCGAGACCCACCGCGCUGAGACAUUCGCGCAACUUCAGACCGUACUGUGACCAUUUCAUCUCGGACGAAUUGCGCGAACUGGCGGAAGAUGUGGUGGUGAAGCUGUUCAGCUUCCAGUCGAAAGCGUAUGCCAAAAACCCGAUCAAAGCGGUCGCCAACAAGCGGUUUGUGGUUGGCUUCAACGAGGUGCUGAAGCUGCUGGAGCUGCGCAAGGUGCGCCUGGUGCUGAUUGCACCGGAUCUCGAACCAAACGAAACGAUCGACCAGAUGGUGGCCAACGUGAAAAUGCUCUGCCGCCAGAGCCAGGUACCGUACCUGUUUGCGCUGAAGCGCAGAAAGAUUGGAUUCCAUCUCCUGAAGAAGGCACCGAUCAGCUGCGUCGGUGUGCUGAGCUAUGCCGGGUGUGACGAUACGGUCAAGCAGAUGCUGUCGGUGGUGGAGCAGGAGCGCGAAAGCUACCACACCUUGAUGGUGGACGGUGCCAUUCCCUGUUGAGUGCGACACGGCAGGCAUGCCCGAUACAUUCGUGGCAAUGUAGGGAUGCCACGUGGUGAUACUUUCGGCAAGCAUGCUGUCGGAAGGCAAAGCAAACGCACAAGAAGAAGAUAAACGUAUUCUAGUCAUUCCACGGGCCAUUACGUGUAGCGUAUCGCUCGGGCGAACACACAAAUACUCCUCGUUCCAUCCCUUCGUCCCCUUCCCCCUUACGCAUUCUAAAUUCCAACCCAAGACAACCACACACAGACACAUACUCUCCACUUCUUUACUAUAAACAUCACUAUCAUGUCCUAAUUAAUGUGAGUGUAAUAUCAUCCAUAUAACAACAAGCAUGGGUAGAGAAAUGGGACGAAAGGAAACGCGGCCCCACGCUGGAUGCCGUUCUGGUGCGGCAGUGGGAAAAGCCUUCCUUUCUACCAUUACUUAACAUAACAAACGUGCAAUAAAAUCUGUCUAGGGAUAGUAACUUUCAUAAUCGUA